ACUUCCAAAAACUCUGCUUAAAUAAUGACAACAUGAUGUCAUAAAUUGACAUAUCACGGGGGCUAAUAUGCAAAAACAUAAAAAAAAAAGAAAAAUGAUAAUUUUCUUCUAUUUAUUUUAGGAUCGAGCGAGCAAUCGCUGGCCAUCGCAUCGGAAUCCAAAGGCCUUGUCGUCGCUCUGUUCUCUUUACUAGGGUUUCUUCUGGUUGGGAAGUGGAAGACCAGAAUUCGAAGGAUUGCCUUGUCAACUUGAUAUAAUGUCUGGGCAGAGGAAUACUUAUGGCAAACGUUACCACUCCGAGGCAGAUUACCCUGACAGUGGUGGAAACAAGAGAAGAAAUUAUGGUGAUGAAAGAGAUCUCUCUUCUUCAGGGCAAGAUGAUACUGUGUACCGGUACUUGUGUUCCGUAAAAAAGAUAGGAAGUAUCAUUGGGAGGGGUGGUGAGAUUGUGAAACAACUAAGAUCUGACACUCAAGCCAAGAUCAGGAUAGGCGACACCGUACCUGGUUGUGAUGAGCGAGUAGUAACAAUUUACAGUUCAAGCAGGAAAACUAAUAGGUUUUAUGAUACUGGUGAUGAUAUUUGCCCUGCUCAAGAUGCUUUGUUCAAGGUACAUGAGAGUCUGUUGACUGUUGAUUCUCUAAAUGAUGAAGAUGCUGAUGCUGAUGCACCUCAAGUGACUGUUCGCCUGCUUGUGCCAUCUGAUCAAAUUGGAUGCAUAAUUGGCAAAGGUGGGCAAAUUGUUCAGGGCAUCCGUAGUGAUACUGGUGCUCAAAUCCGUAUUCUGAAAAGCGAGCAUCUUCCUCCUUGUGCCCUUAAUAAUGAUGAGCUUCUCCAGAUUUAUGGGGAAGCUCCUGUUGUGAAGAAGGCUUUGUUUCAAGUUUCCUCUCGACUAUAUGACAAUCCUUCUCGUUCACAGCAUCUUCUUAUUGGAAACUUUCCCAGCUCAUAUGCUCCAAUUGGUUCCCAUGGGGUUCCAAAUACCAUAGCCCCUGUCAUGAGUAUGGGUCCACCAUUUGGAGGGUAUAAGGGUGAUGCUGGAGAUUGGUCCUUUUAUCCAGGUCUGAGAGAUGAAAGUUCUGCAAAGGAAUUUGGCUUUCGUUUACUCUGCCCUUCUGUUAACAUUGGAGCAGUUAUUGGUAAAAGUGGUGUUAUAAUUAAACAGAUUAGGCAAGAGUCUGGUGCAACAAUCAAAGUAGAUAGUUCCUCCAGCGAAGAUGACUGUGUAAUCGCAAUAUCUGCAAAAGAGUUCUUUGAUGAACCAAUUUCGCCAACAUUGGAAGCUGCCUUACGCUUGCAACCCAGGUGUAGUGAGAAAAUUGAGAGAGAAUCUGGGGAGCCUUCAUACACUACCCGCCUACUGGUGCCAACAUCACGCAUUGGCUGUCUUAUUGGUAAAGGUGGGUCCAUCAUUUCUGAUAUGAGAAGGGCUACACGUGCAAAUAUUCGCAUACUGUCAAAGGAAAACCUUCCCAAAGUAGCUUCUGAAGAUGAUGAAAUGGUUCAGAUUAGUGGAGACCUGGAGCUUGUCAAGAGCGCUCUUGUGCAAAUAAUAAAGCGGUUGAAAGCCCAUUUCUUUGAAAAGGAUGCUGCUUUAUCGUCAUUUCCUUCCUUUGCUCCAUACCAUUCUAUUUCAAGUGAUAUUUCUGAUGUGUCAAAGUAUGGAGGCUGGGAUGGUAAAUCACAUGGGCGUGGUGGAUAUUCUCCAUAUUCAGGAGGUUAUGGCGCUUCAGUUGAUUUGCAGUCUGAUAGAUAUGGUGGCUACAGUGGUUCCCAGAGGGGUGGUGGCCGUAGUAGUCAUGCAGCAUAUGGUGGGUAUUCAGGUCGAUCUGGCGGCAAUUCUGGGUUAUCUGGCCCAAACCCUGUUUCUCAUGGAAAACAUCAUGGUUAUUAGGGCUCUCAACUGAUUAGUACAAGCAGGUUCUUUGGAGUAUACACUAUGUUCACCUGAACAGGUGAGUUUCCUGUCCAUGUUUCUUCUUGAUAGGAAUGUCUGUUAUGUGCCGAAAUAUUGAUCCAGGUAAAUGCUAUCCUUUAACAUCAUACGAUGCAAUACGAGUAAAAUAUGUUGUGUCAUUUUCGCGCUGAUUCUGUUUAUCAAUACUGCUUCUUGAUCGAUCUCGACAGCCUUGAGCAUGUUGUUUUCCGCAAUAUUGAUUAUAGGUUCUUGAGAUUUGUUCUGGUCAUGCUUUCCAUUUUCUCACCAUUUCUCACCAAUUUUGUGGCAAUAAAUGGUGAAAAUGUUUAACUUGUUAUUUUGAGAUGUGGCAGGUGUGUCUGGUGACUGUAACAAAUGAUGCUUCAGCUUUUAUGUUUUUGCUUAAGAUGGAAGUUGCUUGGGCUAUGUUUUUUAUUAUUAUUAUUAUUAUUAUUAUUUUGUUUGCUGGGGUAUAAUGCAUAAACAGUUGAUGGAAAAUUUUAUUGGUAGUGAUUGUUUCCGGGCUUUAAA